AUGAGUUUACAAGUCACUUCACCUAUAACUGCUGCAAGCUAAUUGUCAGAGAUAUUUUAGGAUCAAGAAAGGACACUUUUACUAUUUUAUAAUCUCGGCUCCGCAAUUGUCAACUCUCUAGGUUAUUUUAUGCCUAUGGGAGAUAGAAGAAGAAGAAGAUAAACAGUGGAUACUGCCUAAUACUCUGAAAAAUCAAUUAAUGUUUAAGAUGAUGAAAGAGGAAUACGUGGUAAGGUUGUAAACAUCUCUUAAUUAGUUAAGAUGAUUCUAGAGAUGAUUUUCCGAACAGCAGGGCUCAUUACUAAUUUCUUUGGAAUAUACACAAUUGCUGGUGUAUCUGGAGCAUUCUUGAUUUACAAUAUUUUUUCAGCUGGCUUCUAGCCUGCAGCAAUGGGCUUUAUUAUGGAAGCAGUAUAGCUAAUUUAGUUCUAUUUGACAAUAGUUGAACCUAACCUCCUCACAUAAUAGUACUUAUUCAAAAUUGCAUGA